AUUUCGGUUAGGCUGCUGCUGAGCCGUCUUUGUUGUCGACUUCCUAGUCUCUCUGACAGCCCCCCAACUCUGGCCAGAGAUUUAGGUGCCGUGAAACCGCUGGCCCCAUGGUUUUGCCCCGCGAGUGAAGGGUGUCAAAGCGGUGCCCACAGUGGAGGAGACUUUUGAAAGAGCUGUAAAAAUUGGAACUGCGUCGAGCCCGAAGACGGAAAACGGGCGCAAAUUCUGUCUGUACAGAUCUUGUCGACAACCGGCGGUGCCGGUGAUUCAACACAGGGGUGGCUGCACGGGAAGAGUUGUUGGCCCUUGUUUCUCCGUUCAGAAAUCCACAGCACAGAAAGAUAAUGUUGACGGGAUGUAUGCACAGUGUUUUUGUCACACAACGGUGGAUUCAAGACUUGAGUAUAAGUGGCACAAUUCCUCAAAGAGGGGUGUACGCCGUCAAAGGCGUGAGACCUUGUUGCAGGAAUACUUUCUUCUCAGAUUCAUGAAGAAAGGACGGAGAAGCGAGGGGGAAGCGUGAUCCUUCGUUCCUAAAGCGUUCAAUGUGUCUCAGUGAAAGUCCAGUCUCUUUUGUGUGGGUGGCUCCCUGUCGACGAAAUGGGCAAGACGCAACCGCGGCACGGCGAGACAACUUGAGCCCGAGGAUCGCAGGGUAUGUUCUUCUCUCUUCCUUGUUCCAAGAGUAUGGCUAAGAAGGCGGAGGGGUAGUAGCUGGUGAAUGCAAAGGAAGACAGACCAUUCUUAGGUUUCUCAAGUCCCCGCUUCACAUGCCUUAGCGCAACGGCGAGACGGAGAACAGAGACCCUCUCAGGUCUCUUCUUCUCCAACGAAAUAUGACCGAUCGUGUAUCGUUUCUGGCCCUUUGGGGGCCUCGCACCUUCUUUCUUUUCUUCGUCUUCCUGGUGUUGCUGCAUACGCUGAGGGAGCACCCAUAUGGGCCGCGUAUCUCCAGUUCUGCUUGCGCCUUUUCUGUGUCUCCCCGGUCUUCCCCCGCCGUCCUCACUCAUCCUAUCUCCAAGCCUACGUCUCUUCCUCGUGGUCUUCCCUUGUUUUCUCCCCCUCUGCCGACCUUUGCCUCGCGUUCGUUAUCCUUUUCCGCGGCUUCUUCCCGGCCGCUCUCUCUCGCCUUCUCGUACGCAUCUCCGCGAUGGCGUUUCUCUGCAGAUCUCCCAAGGUUCAUCCCCAGGUGCAUUGAGUCGCUCCCAGCGAGGCGGAAACCGUCUCUGUUUCCAGAAGGGGCUAGGACUUCGGAGGGAGAGUUCAACCUGAAAAGGGAGACAAAGCGUCGACCAUAUGCGUGCCCUCGCUCUCCAGGUUCUCCACGACCACCGUUGGCUCUGUUUUCUUCUUUAUCUCCCUUUCUGCCUUGUGCAUGCGGACGAUUCUCGUCAGCUUGCCCGUUGAAGUCUUCGGCUGAGCUUGAGAGCCGUCCCGUCCACGCCCCUAGGCAAGAUUCGCGUCUCCGGAGAAGGCGCGUGUUUCCGAUCAACUCUAAAACCUUUUCGGGCUCCUGUUCUCCCUCUUCCUUUCUUGCUCCAAAUCUCUGUUCCUCGUCUCUGUGUUCGCCGUGUGAGUCGUCUCUCUCCUCGUCGUCCUGUGCGUUCCAUUCUUCUCCUCAACGCUUUCUGAAUCUGUCUCCAGCUCCUCCGCCCUCCUCGCUGUCCCCUUGUUCUUCCUCGCAAUCGACACGGCUUCUUGCCAAAGGCGAGGUCGCGACGGCUGUCGGGCGGGAAGCGCCUUAUCCCUCUUUUCUCGUGCCGUCGCCUUAUCCUCCACCGCCCUCCGGGGCGGAGACUUGGGAGGAGACAGGCGGCAGAGGAGACGACAUUAACGAGGAAGAGAGAAUUCGCAGAAAGGCGCAGGCCUGGCGCGUUGAUCGCAGUGUCCUUGACCUCAGUCCCGAAGAGCUGGAUCGGAAGGUUGCCGAAGAAAAAGAGGAACUCCAACAGCGAUGGCGGACCCGACUCGACGUAGAACAAAGGCGGCAUCAAGAUUACUUUGAGCAGCAGAGAGAGGAUCAACGCGAACUGCUGAACUCCCUCUCAGCCCCACCGUGGGUUCACCUCUUUCGCCCUGUUCAGCUGGAUGACUCGCCUCCGCUUAAAUAUGACUUCCGCGUUUACCAGCCUUACUUUCGGAGCCUCAUUGAGGCUUCUAAACCUUUCAUUCACACAAAAGUCAUUCCGCCAUCUGCCAUCCAGCGUUUCCUCGAGCGUCGUCACUCGCCCGACUUCUCGCUUUCCUCCGGUUUUCGCUUCAAGCAGAUUCAGCCGCUCUUCGCCCACAAUUCGGGAUGCAGUGCUUUCUUUUACUUUCACACAUGUUUCUCCUCGGUAGCUCCCGUCUUUCUCAACGCUCUGCGUCGCACGAGUCUCUCGCGCCUAGAAUCUCUUGCGAUAUCGGCAGUGAAGAUCGAAGGAGCGAAGCACGAGUUCUACUCGCUGCCGGGUAUUCGAGAAGACAUCGUCGAUGACAUCUUCAACAAUCUGGGUAAAAUCGUUUUCCGCGAAAAGAAAAUUGUGUAUGUCCACCGAAUGGAUAUCCACGCUUGGAUCAAAAGCCAGCAGGAAGACAAGGAAAGAGGGGGGUGCGGCGGCGCAGGCGAGAAAGGAGAAGAGCGGCAGGAGAUGAAGGUAGCGCGCGCGUCUCUCUCAGGGAUUGAAGCGGAAGGUUCGGAGGCGGCCGAACCAGGCGAGGACGAGAGGCAAGGGAGAAGAAAGGAACACGAAGAGGAAGUGCCAUCUACAUUUGAAAACGAACCAAAAACGCGCGUGACAGAGACAAGCGAUGUGUGGAAUCUCCUUCCACCGGGCACCAGGCUGGUUAGGAGUCGACCGCGUGAAAAAACAGAGAAAGGGUGGGCAUCUUACUUGCUUCCGCCUUCUUCCCCCUCGUCCUCGGACGACGACAGCGAGGAAGAAGACAUGUACUACAGGAUCCCUGUUCCCCUCCCGCCUGCGAACUUCACACAUCCCCUCCGAGCGAAGCUGCGCGUCCGAGGGCCUCUCGUCGCUGUCGCCGGCCACAUUCAGCUACCCGAAGGCGUUGAAGUCGUGAACAAGAACCAGUAUUUAUUUACGGUCAAUGCGGGGUACUACGUGAACAUGGACUUCAAGAUCGAGCGCAUCAGAGAGUAUGUGAUGCCUGAGUUCGGCUACGACUCCCUAGAGCGGGACAGAGACAAGGAAGGAUUCAUGUACUUCACAAAUUACGUCGCGCCUGUUCCCAUUUUCGCCUACGCGGCAGAACGGCGGGGAGAGGCUGUCCACACAAAGUGGGAUGAAGUGAAUGAGGACGCACCUCCGAUCGAGGUGGAAAAUGAAGAAGACGAAAACGAUAUCCGCAUGACUCAGGUCGAAGACAUGCUGCGACAAGCCACCGCAGGAGCUCCCGAUGUUGUCAAAGCUUCCCUCUUGCCGGUCCUUCAGACGUCAGAAGUGCUGUCGGAACAGAAGGAGGAAGGAAAGGGAAGAGAAGCGGAAAGCGCGGGAAAAGACGACAGAGAGGGGACAGAACGCGGCAUGCAGGACGAAGAGGGAGAAGAGCGUUGGAAUGCAGGCAAUGCGGAAGGUGGACAAGGCGAAGGCAAGGAUGCGAAAGUAAAUGAGGAGGGGUCACCAGACCGGCCUGCUUCCCACUCGUCACUUCCUUUCGCUUCCAAGAAACCGGAAGACCGGUAUAACGCCUACCGUCUCCUCGAACCUUCGGAGGAAAUGCGGGAAGCGUACCGCCGAGAUUACCUAGAAAAUGACUUGCCGUACCAGAACCUAGGAGAAGUCGUGACGCUCGAGGUGCAGACCGACGGAAGCUUGACUCCGAGAGAAGCUGUGCUUCACUGCUGCGACGACCUCAUCAAGCAAGUGCUUGACAUCCAGCAUGCACUCUACCACAACUGCCAUAUCGGUGUGGACGGAACCGAGGAGGAAGAGUUCAAUGACCCCGACUGGUAUCAAGACGCUCACAGGUACGUUGGCGUGCCUUGGAAUCCGUACAAAGGCUCGUCGGCGCGGAGCCAGAAGCGACAAGCCUUCUUCUUUAAGAGCGACGUUCUUCGUCAGUACAACAUUCUCCGUGAGAAAAUAGAUGCAAGAAGAGAAGCCUCUGCUGCGGGCUCUGCUGCGUCCGACGGAGGCAUGGAGAAAGACGCGAAGCCGAGCGUUUGGCCGGUGCCUGGUCGCGGUCUCGGAAACGAAAUCUUCGUGGCGUCCUCUCCGCAAGAAGAAGAAAUGAUGAGAGGAGACACUCUGAGAGAAAAGAAGGAGGCUGCUGCACGCACACUGGACCUCGAGCAAACGCGGCUGCAGCAACACAUACCGGAGGGCUUAGGGCCGCGAUCUGGACCCACGUACGGUCUGAGCGAGAGAGACUUGGACGAGCGCCUCUUGGAUGAAGAGGAGGAAGAAGAAAGGAUCGUUAACACGAGUGCGAUAAUCCGGAAAGAGAGAGAGGAAGCGUGGAAAGACAAACAGAGGACGUAUCGCGACCUGGCAGAGAACGAACCGCUGAAACAGCUAGGUGACGGUAAGGGGCUGGUCAGAUACCCCCCCGACACAAAACCUAUGAUGGAAGCACCGGAAUGGGUCAUGGAGGAUCCUAUGGGACAGAGAAAGCCAAUCGGAUUCAGCGAAUUCAACGACGAUUAACGGAGCGAGAAAGAGACCCUGGUGGAGAAAUGCAGAUACAGACACUGACAAACAGCGAAAAUCAGAGACUGAUUUUUAUCCGUGGCACAUACACAUACCUCGUGUAAAGUGUAACAUUCGUAGUCGGCGGCAGGACACACACGACUCGAACAUUCUCCCUCGGCUGCGCUAAAUGUUGCGUUUGCAUGCAUGCACAAACAAAUGCACCGGCCUCAGAUGCG